AUGGAGAACAGGUUAUAUACCCUGUCACUUGAUGAGUACAUUCAUUUAAAAUGUGAAGAAAAAGAGAUGGAAUUGAUUAAGUUAGACAACGAGGUUCUGCACCAAACUGUGACUUCGUUGAGUCAAGAACUUGAGAUCACCACAAACCUUUUACGCAAAAAGGAAAACGAACUCAAUCAAAUUAUCGAAGAACGCCUUGGCGUCUUGGCACAACGCGAGAAAUUAGCUGCGCAACGUGUUGUACACCCAAAAACAGAAAUCAAAAAUGUGACCGAGAAAAAACCACGAAAAGAAAAAGUUGAACAGAAACUCAACCCAAAACGUGAGAAGAUGACAGUCCGCCAAAAACACACAAAACGCGUUCAAACAACAAAAGAAGACAAAAAAAACAUGACAAAAAUCGAAAAAAUCGUCUCGCAAACCAUCGGAAAAGAAUCAACAGGUGACCCCAACUUACGGUCACUUGUCUUGGAAACUUCUGUGUUUAGUGACGUCGACUCGAGCGAAGGUAUCGAUUGUAUAAACCAACUCAGAAAGGGUAAAACAGAGUCACACAACUCUAAACUCGGUACCAGAAAUGUCAAGGAAAUUGGAUUGAAUUUACCAAUUAGUGAUGAGUCAGCUCGGAGAAAAAGAGACCCCAGAAAGAGAGUCAUUAGAGAAAUGAAAGAGGCAGACGACUCUAUCCACUUCAGAUCAUUCUCUUCAUCAAUGUGA